AUGGAUGAAAUAUUAAAGGUUUCUAUAACUGACUAUGUUCACCUAAAGAGCAUGUUGGGCCGUUACACUGCUUAUUGCAUCAAUUACAAUGAUUUUGGUGAGAUUAGGAGUUGUUAUUGCCGCUACAAUGAAUUUUAUUCGUUUGAUCGUCGCCUAUGUAGCGCUGGUAAUAGUUAUUCGCCAGAAGCCUUAUCGGUUAGUAAGGACAGUAGUUGUAGGGGUACAUUAUCCAAGUUAACAUUGGGUUCAAUCACCAACGUCGUCAAUGUCAGGGCCACAGAUGUUCCAUUGCCGCCUAAGAAAAUAUUCUACCGUUUUAAUGAUGAUUUCCUAGAGACCCGAAUGGUUCAACUAAACUCGUAUUUGAAGAGUGCAGUAUGUCAAGUGGCAAAUGGUGAUUUGUAUGGGCACGUAUGUACACUUGGUAAUUUUCUAAAAGUUUCUGACAAUUGUUUACCCUAUAUGCUAUUCGUAAACUCUAGAAAUGAUAACAUAAAAUCCGUAGAUUACUCGAUCUCUCGACUGCAAAAUUUCUGGAAAGAAAGGGGAAAAGUUGAAUACAGGGCGGCACAUUUGUCGGUAAUUAAUAGGUUUGACAACAUACUCGAGAAUUUUGAUGGGGAAAUUGCCUCAAAAGUCUUCCUAUGUAUACUGUAUGUAUUGCAUAAUUCGGAUGAAUCACUGAAACGAAAAUAUGCGAACAAAUUUUUGGGCAGGUGUUUCCAGUUCAAAAUACAUGAUCCAAUAGUGGAUGUGAUGGAUUUAUCUGUUAUUACUGGAUUUUUAGCUUCUCAAUGUGCAAUCUGUAUAUUGAAUAAUGGAUAUGAUAAGAAAAUUCCGCCCGAAAAUGUUGGAAAUAACUACUCCCUGGUUUUGAUGUGGAAAUAUGAAGAUUAUCAGCAUUUUUUUAGGAAUGAGGAUGAUUUGUUUGAAUUCUACCAACAAUUAGUGGGGACGAAAAUGCCAGAGGCCAUAGUAGCAGCUGGGAUAUCAUCUGCAUAUUUACUGGCAAACGGUUGGUUUUCUAAACAAGCUGCAUCAAAAUCAAAUGAUUUAGUCGCUGCAGCCUAUGAGGCAUUAGCUGUUGAUAAAAUUGAAAUCCAGUUUGCAUCUUUUAUUUACAACAUAUUUUCCGGAUUAUUAUUUGACAAUCUCAAGCAAAUAAUUCACAGUCCAUAUCGCAACCUUUCUCUUUCACUAAUCCUAAAACGCUUAGAAAUGGAUUACGCGUAUAAUUUCACUGAAAACGGUGGAUUCCUAGUGUCUAGUGAAAUUUUGGAUGAAACUGGCAAUUCCAAAGAGUUUGAAAAUAUAAUCAUUAGUGGUACAGUUACAGAGGUGUCAAGGGUUAUGGAGUUAGCCGUUAAAGGGAUUGAGAUGUUUCGUUGGAAUUCAGCCUUUAAAAUAUUACUAAGUAACUUGGUGUAUUCGGUUUACCCCCUUAGUUCAUGGACAACCCAACUAACCCCUAGAGAUUCAAUGGAGGCUCAGGCAAUUACUACGGCGUCAAAAAUACUACUUUUGUCACCGUGGCCUAUUAUUGGUGCUAGUGAUCAUUAUUCGAAUAAAAGUGACAACGGUAAUAAGAGUGAAGUGGAGUGUAAUUACGACCCUUUUUGGAUAAAUUUGGUUGCAUUGCACUCGUCAAGUUACGGUAAAUCCGAUGAUAUAAAGUCGCUGGAUUUCUUUGACGAGAAAAUUACUCCAUUCACUAAUCCAGUGGAUCGUAUGCCAGACUGUUGGUACUCCGUAUCCACAGCCAGAGAAAUUGAUGUCAAGGAGGAGAUGGACUUUAAAAAGUCAUUUCCAUCAUUGAAUAUCACGGCCCAAGUUUUACAAUCAAGGUUAUGUAUAUACAGUACUGUAUAUGAAUCAAUAUUGGAUUAUAUAAGCAAAUGUUUCCAUUACUUUGAAGAUCUGGAUUUGAGCCUGACUAAUCAUUUAAAGGGGACGGAUUCAGUGGCUGGGUAUCUCAGUGGUAUAGGGAUAGGAAAUCAAUUUGUAGAAAAAUUGUAUUUACUCCUCAAUGAAAAUAGGUUCUAUGGCACAAAUACUUCUCUAUUUGAACAAUGUGCUACAUUGUUGAAUUGUCUGAUAGAAUACAAAAUGACACUCAGUCAGAUAGAAAUUGCCAUUGAUAAAGUGCUAAUGGUCUACAGCAUGGGCAAGGAUAUGCUAUAUAAGUUUGUAGAAAUCUCUGAAACCUGCAAAAAAUUCCUAAACUCCCUGACGGAAAUAAUCCCACAGAUAACAUCACACGAGUUAUUCGAGAUCAUGCAUGAGAAGAAAGAAAUUGAGAACAAGGCAGUUGAAUACAAGUCCAUCCUCACCAAAACUCUCAAGUCGUUGCUUGAUAAAACCAACGAACUCGCCAGGGUGAGAAAUAUGUUGAAAGUAAUCAAAACGCAAAUAAGCCAUGCUAAAAGUUUCUUGGAAAGAGCUCCUAAAUCCACAUCCCAACCCGCAAUGAAUACAUCUUUCCAGGAUGCUCUGGAUGAACUGGAGAAGGAGCGAGAUAAGCUGAAGCAAAAUGAUGAGACACUGGAGGAUCAAAUCAUGAAGGGCGAGGAGGAAGUAGAAAAGCUGAGGAUUAAAUCUUCAUCAUAUACAGAAAGGAAAAUGGAACUGGAAGAGGAAAUUGCUAAGUUGCGUAGCCAGCAGUGCGAUGUGCGACUUCUGGGUUUCAUACGCUCCAUAGCAGUAGAGACUAGGCUCAGGGAGUGUUUGGCCAUGCCUUACAAGCUAAACUACAUCAAACAGCGCAUUGAACAAUCCUUACAGGGGCUAUCAGAGUCUGUGAAGGAUGAGAUCGAGCAACGUGGUCUACUAAAUGAUUUGCUGAAAAAGUUUAUUUAUCUCUCAAAGGAUUUUUACAAAUCCCUAAACAAGGAAGGUGACGGUGAGGGUACCAUUGAUGAUGAGAUACUGCUUCGGAGCAAGAAUAGAAAUGGAGGUCAUGAUAAAGAUUAUGCUAACUCAUAUAGUUAUUAUGGCUCAGAGGUGCACUAUAAUCCUAAAGGCAUCAAUUGCCGCGGAAAAUCCGAAAUAGCCGUGUUGCCCGAACACGAUCACUACACGAGUCACUGCGAUAUGCGUUACUGA